CAAGUUGUUGAAGAAGAAAAGAUGAUCUGAAUUAGGGAAAAGAUAAAGACAAACCAAAAGAAAAACAUAAGCAAUCAAUAAUUGCAAUAUUGUUGGACCAUUUCUAACUAAUUUGUUUUAUUUUAAUAGUAUUUUUUGGUGCACAUUGAAUCGCGUGUUGUUAUUUUUCUCUCACUUUCUGUUUGGUCCUAGGCUCCCGGUUUUUCCACCGCGUGUUUCUCGCUACUAGUCCACCACAACUCAACACAAUACAACACGCUCUGCUUUACUGCCACCAUGCCAGACUCCACCACCGCCGUCACUACCAUCCACCUUCCGACAGAGUCCUCAGCCCUCCGCCGCCACAACUCCAUCGCCGCCGCAUCACCGGUCACCAAACUCUCCCUCCCCGCCACUACGCCGCCGCAACGCACCACGAGCUUGGAACUUGUGUCCUUGAAAUCCCCCUUCUCCGCCUCCUACACGUCCCUCCGAGACGUGCUCCCUUCCCCCAACUUCGCCGUGAACUCCCCCACCGCCUCCGCGUACUCCGGCCAAGAAAUUUCCAUCCGCAACCGCCUGGUAAAGCAGGCUGCUUGGGCCUACCUGCAGCCCAUGUCCGCCUCCCCCGGCGGCGCUUCCACCCCCCACUUCCUCCGCCGCCUCUCCGCCGCCUCCCUCGACUUCAUCUUCCACCACUUGGUCCCCGCCGUUUCCCGAUUUUUCCGUGGAAUGUUCCACGCUAUCAGGGUCCACGUGUGCACACGAUGCUACUCUUGACAACCGACAGAAUCAUAUGAAUGAUUGGUAUUUAGAAUUUAGUGCAACUGCAAGUCCUUUGCUUUGUGUUUGAUUCAAGAAAUUCAAGAAUAGGAGUCGUAUUUUUUUAUUUUAAUUUUUUGAAUUACUGUAUAGGAUUUCCAUAGCUUUGAGUUUGCCUUCGAUGGUUGUGACCUCAAACUUAUAUACGAAUGAAUGAAAGAAUGAAUCUUGAAUUAAA